AUGAGAAACCAGCUGCUAAAGUUUCUAGUUUCAUUGACGAUUAUAAUUCAAAAUUGCUUAGGAAUUGUCCUACCACAAACACUUCGUCGAGAACUGAAAUGGGGACAGGUAAACAUCCUUCACACAACAGAUAUGCAUGGUUGGCUUGCUGGACACGCACAUGACAAGCGUUACUCUUCAGAUUUGGGGGAGUUUGUUUCGUUUAUCAAUCAUAUGAAACAAUUAGCUGAAGAAAAAGACGUCGAUUUACUUGUUGUAGACACUGGUGAUCUUCACGAUGGUACGGGUUUAUCAGAUCUCACAAAUCCUCCUGGCUCUUGGACAAACGAUUUGUUAAAGAAUGUACCUUACGAUGUACUUGUGGCAGGGAAUCAUGAGCUAUACUUGCCAAUUGUCAUGAACGAUACAUAUCAUAACUUUAUACCUUCCUGGAACGGACGAUACUUGGCCAGUAAUGUCGACAUGUAUGAUGAAAAAACUGAUACAUAUACUCCUUUUGGAGAAAAAUAUGCUAUCUUUGAUACUCCUCACAAUGUUCGGAUCCUUAGUCUUGGGUUCGUGGGUUCAUUUUCAGGUGGAUGCAACGAAGCGCGAGUUCUUCCAAUGGAAAUUACUCUCCAACAUUCUUGGUGGAAUGAAAUACGAGAAUUAGAGGACAUUGAUUUAAUUUUGAUUGCUGGUCAUAUUCCUGUGCAUGAUUCCUCUGAACUAGAUCAACUUCUUUUAAAACUUCGAAAGGAAUUUCCGGAUACCAUAAUUCAAGUUCUCGGUGGUCAUUCUCAUAUCCGCGAUUACGCUGUAUACGAUGAAAAGGCAGCUGGUCUCCAAUCAGGCCGUUACUGUGAAACGGUUGGAUGGGCUUCUAUACAAGGCCUUCCUUCCUUUACAUCUUCAAAAGCCAGGUCAAAUUCUUUUUACCCUGUUUUUCCAUUUUUCUCUCCUUUAAUAGAUUAUUCGAAGAAAGUACUGGAAACAACCCUUUACUUUACCAAUCCUUCCGUAUUUUCCCGUUCUUACAUCGACUGGAAUAGGAAGGGAUUCAUUUACCAUUCCAAUGUUCAUGAUUUCAAUUUUGAUACUAUCGAAGGGUCAAAACUAUCGCACCAAAUUGCUAAUGCCAGAAAACGACUUAAUUUACUUGAUCCUUUGGGCUGUUCUCCAAUAGACUACGGAUUUUCAGAAGUUCCUCGAAACGCUUCAAACUCUAUAUACCAUCUUUUUGAAACAGAAAUCUUUCCAAAAACUAUUAUCAACAAAUCAAGGAAACAUUUACCUCACUACAUCAUUAUAAACACAGGAGGUAUUCGUGGUGGUCUACAGCAAGGCUCCUUCGGCUUGGAUGAGUUAUUUCAAGUUUCCCCUUUCAAAGGAAAUAUAUUUUAUGUUUUGAAGGAUGUUCCUUGGUUCAUUGUUAAGAACCUUCCUUACUGGCUUGAACAUAGUGGUUAUCUUAGUAUAUAUGAUGAGCCUUCUACUUUUUUGGAUACUCCCAAUACGUUUGAAAAAGAUUUAGUUUACACAAAGUCAAAACCAAAAUCAGAACAAGUGUCUUAUGGCUACCAGACACACGACGACAUGGGAGAUGAUGGUGAUGAUACCAUUCAUCUUCCAAUUCCACACUAUGAUUCUGGAAAUUAUCUGUGUUCGAAAGUGAAUGUUGAUUUAGAUUUGGACCGUCACCCUAGACAGGUUGAUCUUGUUACUACAGAGUUUGUCAUUCCUAGACUGAAUUACAUUCUUAACAAGUUAGUAGGAAAAAGCUUGUUUACUAAAGAAGAUUGGAACCUUUACUUUUGGCGCAAGGACGGUAGACAUUCUAUGACCGAUCUUCUUGCUUUAUAUGCUGAAAAAUAUUGGGACAAAGAAUGCUUAUACUCAACAUAG